AUGGGCCGCGAGAGCAUGCUGCACAACAUCAACCGCACCCUGCAGAUCACGCUGGACGAUGGCAGGGAGCUGACGGGUAAACUCCUCGUGUACGACCGCCACAUGAAUGUCGUGCUGGGCGACGUCACGGAGAGCCGGGCGGAGACGAAGAAGAUGAAAGAGGCGGGCAUUAGUCCAAAGCGCAGUCUCGGGCUCGUGCUGCUGCGCGGCGAACACGUUAUCUCCGUCACGGUGCUCGGCGGCGGCGCCGGCGGCGGCGAUGACAACGGCGACGGCGGCGCAGCGGCGAAGGGACGACCGGCGAACUUUGAGAAGGCGCCACGGGCGAAGCUGGCCGGUGUGAAGCGGGCGCGGUAG